AUGGCAGACCUCAAGGACGACCAGGUCGACCGGCUUGUGUCCGAGAUCCAUGACUACCAAAUCACACACGGCUCCCUUCUCAAGCUGGUCAGGCUUCAGGAGCAUGGGAAUCCGAGUGUUCCAUGUAGGCCGGUCAGUGUCAGUCUGUUACCGACUGCAUUCCCUGGACGUCUGUUCGAUGAUGCUCUCGCGCUGCAGCAAUCAUUCAAUGAACUGUACGUCCGGGCCUCCAACGAUCACCAAUGGUUAGAAAGUGUCCUUCGCCCAUUGCUACAAUACGACGAAUUCGUGCGUGUUCUAUGGAAGAUUGUCCAGGACACGAGAAAGCGUGGUCAAGCUCAGCCUAUUGUCUGUGGUAUCUUUCGAUCCGAUUACAUGGUUCAGAAGGACUCCAUGAGCCUCAAACAGGUCGAAAUGAACACUUUUUCGGUAGCUGGCGCUUGCCAUGCUGAGCGGGCGGCCAAAAUGCAUCGUCAUGUACAGAACGCUCUUGGAAUCAAGCACAACGGUACUUUGCUAGAAAGUAACAAUACGUCCUCACUAGUGGAGUCUCUCGCUCUUGCUCAUGAGCACUACGAGCAGGCGACAUCGCAUAAGGUCUGCGUGCUCAUGAUCGUUCAAGGGAUGAACUUCAAUAUAGCCGAUGAAAGGCCGAUUGAAUACGGAUUAGUGCACAAAGGCAUCCCUUGCUAUCGUUGCGACUGGUAUGAUGUACUCAGUAGUACGACACUCGAUCGAGAUGGCACGUUGCUGUUCAGUCAUUCUUUUGACGGAGAGCACUUCGAAGUCAGCGUAGUAUAUUACCGAGCAGGCUACGAGUACGCCGAAUACGAAGAAGACGGCAUACGCAUCCGCCUACAUCUCGAGCAAUCCCGUGCAAUCAAGUGUCCCGACGUCCUAACCCACCUAAUGACCCUCAAAAUAAUGCAAGCCGCCCUUGCCAAACAAGGCGUCGUAGAACGAUACCUACCCCUCGACGACGCCUCUGGAGUUCGAGGGACGUUCAUGCCAAUGCAACCCCUCGACGGAUCCGAAGCCAGCCAACGACUCCGACAAGAAGCCAUGGCCCCGACCGACGGCGCCAGGUACGUCGUGAAACCCAACCUGGAGGGCGGAGGCCACAACAUCUUUGAUGAAGCCGUGCCGCAAUUUCUAGAGUUGCUCGAUCGGGAGGUAUCGGGCGGUUAUACCAUCAUGCGGAUGAUUGAGCCACCUCAAGACAUACAAGGGCUUCUCAAUACUGGAGAUAGGAUUUAUCGAGGCCCCGUCGUGAGCGAGCUAGGAGUCCUUGGGACAUGCCUCUGGCGCAGAGGGAAAGAAGGUGUGGAGAUCCUUUCGAACAAAGCAGCAGGUUGGACGUUCAAGACGAAACCCACGGGCGUGCAGGAGAUGAACGUCGUCAAAGGCAACGGCUGUUUCGAUUGCCCUUUACUAACCUAA